AUGCCAUGGCCCACGGUCACCUUUGCUGAAACGACUGCCGCUGCAGGAUGGGACGACAGCUUUCGAGAUGACGUAGACUGUAACGUCUGGUCAGAGGGGGCAGAACAACCGUCCGAUAUGCUCAGCCGUGCGAAGCAGCAGUGCGCCAGCACCCAAAGUUUGCGUGUGCAGAUGACAGGUCCAGCGCCUGAGCCCAGCGAGUGCCCCAACCUCGGACGAGAUGGCGUCAUGGCGCUGGUGGACUUCUAUGCGUGCCCAUUACUACCGCAGGGGAGUGUGAAGAAUGGAACCAAAUCCAACAACCGCAUUGCCCAAUAUUCGUUUUGGGACAAAUGUACAAUCGACAACGCCAAGUAA